UUCAGGUUCUGGUAGCCAUGUCUGGGAGAGGCAAGGGCGGUAAAGGCUUAGGCAAAGGUGGCGCCAAGCGGCACCGCAAAGUCCUGCGAGAUAACAUCCAGGGCAUCACCAAGCCCGCCAUCCGGCGUCUGGCUCGGCGUGGGGGCGUCAAGCGGAUCUCGGGUCUUAUUUACGAAGAAACUCGGGGUGUGCUGAAGGUGUUCCUGGAGAACGUCAUCCGGGACGCCGUCACCUACACGGAGCACGCCAAGCGCAAGACGGUCACGGCCAUGGACGUGGUGUACGCCCUGAAGCGGCAGGGCCGCACCCUGUACGGCUUCGGCGGUUAGACCUGCUGCGGGCUUGCGCGUGCACAAUUCUAAAGGCCCUUUUUAGGGCCACCCAUAGAGUCCUUGGAAGAGCUGGGCACUUGUUUGGCCAGAAUGGUUAACUGCCUUUGCC